GCAGGCGACGUGGGGUUUGGGGCGGAGGGAAGAUGGUGGUGGGCUGUUGGAAGCGGCACGGCUUUUAUUUACUGUUCGCCGGCUGCUUCUUACGCUGGUGCGCGGUGGCAGCCGAGAAGGUGGCGUUGGUGGACGUCUUACUGAUGGAUUCGCAGAGAGGCUGGUCCGCGGAGCUUGGCUUCAAGUCGGGCAGCAACUACCGCCUGCAGGGUACCGUGUUAGCCCUUGGCAGCGGGCCUGACAACCCCGGCCAAGGUAACAAGCGGCUGGGCGCCUUUCCCAAACAUAACCAGGACAGCUUAGAAGGAAGCUUAAUAUUAGUUAAAGAUGAGCCAUUGGAUAUCCAGCCAAACAAGGGAGAGAAAUGGAUUGGAGUUGUUUCUGUUGAUGAAGACCAGGUUGAAAAAAAAGGAAGUAGCAAACAGGAAUCAUUUGCUGCUGCAGUUAUCAGUAAGAUGAAGAGAGCCCUUGUUUUGGGAGCAUCAGCUCUGUUUAUUUUGGUUUUAAAUCAAAACACCUUCACUGAGAUGGACAUCUCUCAAGUGCUUUCGAAACCUGUGGUUGUAAUGCAAAGCUCUGAAAAUGUAACCAAACUUCUGGGAGCCUUAUUAAGUGGUCUUCGUGCAUCUGCUAAAAUAACUUUUAAAAGCAUAAUUCAGAAUGAUCUGGGAGUAACAUUAACACUGUGGUCAACCUGUGGGCGUUCACGAGGUGGACUUUAUGGGGAAUGGCAAGGAGUUAUUUGUACAGGAGAGAACAGCUCUCAGGUUCAGAAAUAUCUACAUCAGCUGUGGAACACUGUCCUGUUGGUGGGUUUAAUCUUGUGUACUGGAGUUAUUGUGCAGGCCCAGUGGCAAUAUAGACACUAUGAGUCAAGCGCUGAAGAUUUGGAGAUGAGCUUGAAGCAACAAAUAUUAAAGCAGUUAUCAGCACUGAAAACAAGGAAAUAUUUUCCAAACAAAAGACAGAAAACACAGUCACAAGAACAUGAGAAUUGUGCAGUGUGCUUGGAAGAAUUCCAUAAAAAUCAGUGUUUGCGAGUACUACCUUGUCUACAUGAGUUUCACAGGGACUGUGUUGAUCCUUGGUUGCUACUUCAACAGACUUGCCCCCUGUGUAAGCGAAAUGUACUAGGUGAUCCAUAUGGGAACAGCUGACUUUAUUCUUCAUUUGAAGAGAAGGAAAAGCAGGAAACUACCUUGACUCCAUUCCUGUAAACAAUUUGAAACCUUUUAUAUUGCACUUUAUUUGUAUAAUUCUGCACAACCAAUUAAAUUUGGGGAAUUAAGUGAACAUUUGAGCUUAAAAUUCAGAGCAAGAUAUUCUCUGUAAUCGUGUUUGUAAUUCUAAGUUUAUUGACUUGCACAAACAUGAUGUGAAGUAUACCAGCUAUAAUAAAUCUGUGAUGCAAAGUUGACCUGUUUUGGGAUUAUUCAGGAAGAGCUAGUUAGUGUGUACUUUUGUGACUCGUGGUUAAAAUUUUGGAGCACUGUAAAUAUAUUCAAUGUUCACACUAAAAGUAGAGAUGCUCAUUCUGCCCUUUAUAUCGUGUAUGCAUUCUUUAUAGCUAAUUUUGUAUUGCAAAAAUGCACUGAAAUUUAUUUGGUGUGUAUUGAUAAACCAACAGUGGGUACUGUUGGAGAAGAAUAUAACCAUCUGUCUAAAUCCUUACAGACAGAUGAUGGACACAUCUGCAUCUGGAGCAUUAAAACCUCUGAAAGCUGUUAUUAGUUUUUAGUAAUUUGAGAACUGGGCUUGUGGUUUAAUCGUUGCUGUACCCAAGAGUUAAUACUGAACAAUUAGUUUAGUAUCCCCCUAAGAAGGUUGUAUGUUAUUAUUUGCAAUCUUCAAAAAUAACAUCAAGUUACUGAGAAGCUUGUAGUUCACCAUCCAACCCUCUAAAAUUUACAAUACAAUUGGUAAAGAACUUGUUAACUGAUCUUCCUCAUGACAACUUACUGCUGUAAACUGAUCAGGCACUUGUAGAGUUAACUACACGACCACUGUGAUCUGGAUUUUAAAAAAAUAGAGGCUCACCUGAAGAAGUUGUUCUGAGGUUUCUUUAACGGAUGAUAAAAUAGAAUUGGUGGAGCAUUCCCUAUCUGACCAAUUAUUUUUCAGAAAGGGUUAAAAACAUUCGAUAAUAGUUGAAAGCAUUUAUUUUGACAAGAAAAUACAAAUUCCCAAAGUAUGCAUUUUGCAUUGUAACACAUUGUUAAAUUUUGUGAGCGGAGGCAUUAACAAGUUGACGAUUGUGAUAACAAAACGUUAUAGUUUCUUGUUGUUACCUGAAAAGUACCUGAACUCAAACAUUUAGUGCCUCUCAAUAUGUAUUUUUCUUCCGGUUCCUCAUUUUCUGUCAUCUUCUGCCACUGAUUCUCCACAUUUUUGGAACGCUUUAUAUUUUGUGGUAACCUACCCUCAAACAGACAUUAAAUGAAGUGAGCAGAUCAGAGAAGAAUGUCUUAAAAGUAAUUCUUUAGAACUCAAAUAUGGUUUAGAUAAUUUAAACAGUUGCAGUUCAAAUAUUAUUUAAAAUUCUAAAGGACUUUGAUAAUGUAGCAAAGGAAAGGAAUGCAGAAUUUCAAUGUAAAUUGAGACCACAAAUGAGCACAAGAAUUAUUGAUUGUGGAUUUAAUUUAAAAAUACCAUAGAUAUCUGUAAUUUGAGUUUUUUAAAAAAGUAAUAAAUGCAAACUAUUCUGUUCAUUAAAUGGAAUGAUUCUCUAAAAUUAUACUCACAUCCCAUUUACCUUCUUGCUUUUCAAAUAUUUACCCACUUCUCAAUGAAGUAACCAAUUGUGCAUAACUUGGCACUUGCUUUUGAGCUCAUCAUCUGCAGGUUGUUCCUAACAGUUUUGUGAUGCCAUAGCUAGAUAAAAACACUAGAUAGAAAUGUUAGUGGAUGAAGGUCAGGCAGCAGAUCCUGGCCUCCGCUCCCUGCAUCACCCCGAAGGCCUUCUGACAGCUUGUGCUGUCUUUCUAUUCUUUCUAAUCACUUUUAAAAUGCAUUUGAUUAACGGCACACAGUAGUGCAGCAGUUAGUGCUGUUGCCUUGUGGUUCCAGAGACCUGUCUUUUCACCAUAAACUUGAUUCCAUUUCUGGAGUUUGCAUGUUCUCCUGCAAAGAUAUGCUGGAUGGUAAAUAAUUGGCUACAAUUGCCCCUAUUAUGGUGACGUGUCGCAGUUUAUAUAGAUAGUUGUUUGAUCAUCAGUGCAAACAUGAUGGGCCAGAGAGGGCUUGCUUCCAUACUAUUUGGUUCUGUGAUAUUAACAUAAAUGAAUUAAAGAAGAAGAAAAUCGCAAAAUACCUGUCCUUUUCCACCCAGGUUGGAGAUUCCAUUUGGUUGAAUGAGCUUGUGCAGAUAUGUCAGUUGUGGAUAUCGUGAAGCUGAAACUUACUUUCUGCCCAUUGCCCUGCUGGCGUUUAGGGCAGCAAUGAAGGUCCUCUAUUUCUGUCUGUCCAUACCAUAAAAUUUUCUUUUUUCACCCGACAGGGUUGUUGGCCCUGAGCUGAUCUCCCCCCCCCCCCCACCCCUGCGCAAAACCUGGAGGACUGGUGGACCACUCUUCGUCUGGCCUCUACCCUUUGGCCAGUUUGGCAUGGGCGACCCUACCGAGAGCUAAAGCACAAAGCCCUGACUCCAGCCAACAUAGCUCUCCGGGUCACUGAGGCAUGCAAGCCUCCAAACCCUAUGACAAGGUUGUGGUCCUCUUGGAGGAUGAAGCUGAAAGGCCAGAAAAAAAUCUGCCCCACCCCUUAGCUUAGCAUCUUACGGAAUUUACAGUGACAUUUUGCUGAGGCCACGUGUACAGAAGAGGUCAGAUACGCCAGUAGAAAUAAGCAAAGCAUUAACAGGUCAUCUAUAGAUCGGUUAGCUCAACACUAGUGCAUUCCAGACAUUGUAUUUGCCAUCUGUAGCUUUUGAUCUUGUUUGUACUUUGUGCAUGAAAAUAAAUCCAUAGAUUUUGUGAUUUUCUUUGCCAGGUUUAGGAAAAGCCAGUCAAACAAAUGUUUGAUUAUUCACCCUGAAAACAUUUCAUAAUUUUACCAAGUUCUGUCAGAUCUUUAUGAGCAGUUGGUAAUUUUUGUACCUUUCUCUGUGUAUUUCAUUUCUGUUAUUGCUCUGCUGACUAUUUGUGUUACUUUCUUCAUAUCUUUAAUAAUACUUAAUAUGUCCCAUGAAGCUUAAAAUAAAGUUUCAAAUGUAACUUUUUAUUUGUUGUCAUUAUACAUAGAUAUAGAGGGAAUCAAUUAUUUUCUUUACCUUUAAUUUCCAAGCUUCUUUGAGCUAACUGAAUUCUUUUUAUUUCUGGGAUACAGUAACAAGCUAAAAGAGCGAUGUUCUGAAUUAGGAUCUCUGUUCAAAUACAUGUUAACUUAAUGAAACAAUGCCGUUUGAAAAUCCAGAGCAUCACACAAAAUGCUGGAGGAACUCAGCAUUCAUUUUUAAGGAAUCCAUACAUGCUACCAUCCACUAAAAAUUCCUUGGGAUAUACAGCGCUGAGAACAUCAGCAAUUUAUUAUGCAUGCUCUUGAACGUAAAGAGUCAGUUUCUUGAACCACCAUUGUAAAUUUAGUGAAGACACUUGUAUGGUACCAUUGGUCAGAAAAUCCACAACUUAGAGCCAAUGACAGAAUGACUCAAAAUUUUGUAAUGCAGAUGUUGAAUAAAUUAUAUUUGGUGUUAAUAUGUGAUUGAAGUACAAAAUGCUGAGUUAUUCUGUCAUUAUCAUUGGUUCUAAGUUGUCUAAGGGGGCUUCUUCUCCUCUGCCAUCCAAUUCCUAAAUGGACAUUGAA